UAGAACUGACUGCGCGUGGUGUUUUAUGAAAACGAGCCGAGACACAUUCCAUUGCCGUGUUAGAUUGGUUGAGUGCCAAAUUACCUCUUUUGCAUUCAAUUCACGUCCCUACGUAAGCGCUAGAACCAAAUAGGAGUGCCGGAAAACUGCGUUGGGAUUUUAUGUCUGAAACUGUUGUGCGUAGUGAUUGCCAUAAGCAUAUGUACGAUUCUAUACCGUGAACGAAAAGAAUAUUACGAUGGCUCGCUAUUUUGGGAGUGCAUGCAAAGGCACGUUUGGUUUGAUGCCAUUGGUAUAUCAACAAUAUCAACGAUGGUAAUCGAAUAGUGGUGUUAGUGAAAACAUUGUGUAAUUUUCAAAAAUCGUAGCUUGUAGCAUCUGUUACUAAUUCGACAGCCUAACUAACUCUACAGCCAACACCAUUUACGUUUGUUCGGUACGUUUCGCGGCGUUCUUGCAUUCACGGUAGUGACAUUGAUAAUGAGUGUCGGCAAAACACACUACCAAACCUAUGUGGUGGUAGAUUUGUGAACGAUCGUGUGUUGGUUAAGUCGCGGAUACGAUAGGGUAUAGAUACGAUAGCACUUACGCGCAUGGCUGUAUGCGAGUGCAGAAUGCGAUCGUGUGAGUAAGAAGAAGUGUCAUUUUGAAUCGGAAAACAUGAGGUGUAGUUCGUGUAUCAGUGGCAACAGAGGUAGUCAAUCGAGUAGCGACUAUGGAUCAACAUCAGCGGUGAAGGCGAAUAGAACAGCUGAUUUGGUACACAGCCACCAGAACAUGGAUCAACAACCGGAUGGAGAGCAUAGCCCCGAGUAUAGGGUGGAUUCGCCUUCCUCAAAACAAGAGUGCCUAAACGGAAUGUCCACUGUUGCAGGUGAUUAUCGCCAUCCAUCGAUAAUAAUCGAAGAGCUUGAGGAUGUUUACGACGACGACAACGAUAACGGUGCCGUUGCAGAUAGGGAAAGAAACCCAUCUACAAUCUACCAACAGUACGAGGACAGUCAUGAUCCAACCGGUGAUAAUUUUAUUCGUCUCUCAACACACCCUUCGCGGCUAGAAGUGAUACAAGAAGAAGAAACCAGCGAAUGCAGUGACAGUGAAUAUUCACACAUUUUACCGGCAAACGAUCACACAGUUCAACUAGCGCCUGUGAAUAAUUUAGUUGAUGGAGCAGGUGGAGACGAAAACACUGCUGCGCACGUAACAACCAAAUUCAGUCCGGCAAAUGUACUGCGCGAGUUUAUAAAACACCAUCAACGGAGAAAGCGGCGACGUGAUAUUCCGCGCCAGGGCGCUUCAACUCGAUUUCAGCAAAAAGAGCAUCAGGUUGCAACAACGUGUAUGUUAGUAGACACCAAGGAGAGCGACAUGGCACCAGUGGAGUACAGAAGCAUUUGCACCACGGAAACGGUCAAUAAUGAAAUGAUGCAGGCUGAAGUAAUCAAUAUCGGUUCAAACUCAAGCAGUCUGGAUGAUCUUAGCGAUUUAGACGCGGACAAUCGGGAGAAAACACCUGCACACCUUGAACUAAAACUUGUCGAUACACCCAGUUUUGAAGAAUUUAUCGAUCAUAUAGAUGCCGACGAACCAACUGAUCCGCAUAUUUGUAAGGCAAAUGAGUGUACGCAAAAUCUUGCGAUUUCAGGAGAUCAGUGUUUACAGUACGAUAUUCUCAACCACAGUGGAGAUUCUGCAACGCAUGCGCAGGCUAGCAAUUUUCAGCCAAACCAAAUGCGCGAGUAUGAAGACGCUAUUCUUAAUGAUUCUACGUUAAGUGGUGGCGUUCGUGAUGAUCUGUGUGAGCUUCACAAUGCUGAGAGAGCCAACCGGCAGGUCCAUAACGUAGCGAAAGCGAUGAGCGAGUAUAGAAAUACUCUAAAGAGCGGAGCAUCCGAUACAACCGUAGCAACUGAAAAUUGGUCAUCGCUCGGGGUUAGUAGCUCCUCUGUAGUAGUCGUUGAUCGUGAUCGCGCAUCGGCUGUCCUCGGUAAUAAUCACAAUGCCAUUACGGAUUUGAAGGAUCCGCCAUUCUCAGUGAUCGAUCGUGAUCGUGCAUCAAAGUUCGGCAUCGAUUCUACGGUGAAUCAUUGUGUUCGGGACGAGGAAACACCAUCGCUAAUCGAGAAAAACAUGUACCCCUCGGAGGCAGACUCUACUGUUGAAACUGUUGUGAAAAAGGAAAAUCAAACUGUUCAGACACCUACACCGCAACCCAUUCCUGCGCCGCGAGUGGUGGCAAAACCGGCAAUCCCGUUGCCUCCACCUCCGGUACACGAAAAGGCAAACGUGACUAAUCUGGGUCAACUUUCGGCCGAUUCAGCAGAAAUCAACAGAUCUGACACACCACCCCUUGCACAGUUAGUUCCGCUGACCGUAGAGGCGCUCUCGUCGAAUUCGACCGGAUCUUCUACCAUUGGGCAAAAUGCUCAAGCUCAUAGUAGCGGUCAUCCUAGUAAAAGUGAUCAUGCAAAUGCUAAUCAAACUAGUACGGAAGAUUGUGUCGAUGCAGUAGCAUCACCUGAGCGGCAGACAAUUUUGAAAAGCGCUUCGUGCGAUGAUCAAAGUGUUUUAUUCAAAUUAAUACAAGAACAAGGAAGCACCGCGAGCUCAUCGGAAAGACAUCAUCAAGAAAACGCAGAAAAACUCUGCAAAGUUUCCCCGGCAAUCCAUGCCCAGAGUGGUUGCACGGUAGCUGAUUUGACACGAAACCAAGCGGCCCAUGGGAACAACAUCGACCGUGAACCAAAAAUAGAACAGAGCGAUGUAGAUCACGGUGGACAGAAUUCAUGUGCCAGUUAUGAAGAAACUAUUGUUCGGUUGCCCUCAAAUUCACAAAAUACUAGUUAUGAAACAGUUACUAAUGGGAGUACCAAUACGACUGGAACACACAUAUUUGUAAGCCAGCAUAAAACUGUGCACAAAGAUCAAUCAAAAUUUCCUAACCGGUGUGCAGAACCGUUAGAAAUUGCAAAUGAUUCCUCCACCUCACCGCACCAACCGAAGGAAGUAAAGGUAGCCGAUAUGCGUACAGAGAUCAGUUUCUUAAAAGAUGCUGAAUUACAGGAAGAAUUUCGCAAACUGGAAAUAGAAACGGCCAGAUUUGAAAGAGAGCUGCAACAAAUCACAGUACCCUCCCAUGAGUCCAAUCCACCAAGGAAUGCUGAGCCCGGCAGAAAAUAUUUUGUCUCAAAACAGAGGGAUUUUGCUAUAGAAAGAUCUAGCGUUGCCAAUAUCAAUAAUACGAUGAUGAUAAGCACUGGGGUUGGUACUGAUUCUGACAAUCGACAAAAAGAUGACAGUCUUAAUACGAUUGAUCAACUUGAACAACAUGAUCUGCAAAGAUCAUUCAUCAAUAACCAUCGCGCAAAUAAUGCUACCGUUGCAUCCGGCCUUGGACCAAUUCCUCCACCUCCACCACCACCUAACACUUUAACUGAACCCGCAACAAAUAGCGAAGAAACGUUCACCAAAAAAGUCAAAGAUCGUGUGCGAGAAUUAAUGGCAUCGCAGGCCGCAGCUGAAGAAGCAAACCACGUCAUCAAAUUACGCGGCGGUGGAUUUGCCAGCGCACCAUCGACACCUACAGCAAGCCGGAAAAACAUCGAAGCAGAGUUUAAAGCGUUUAGAGAAAUCCGUCAACGCGAAGCGAUCGCCGACAGGCAGCACUUUGAAUCUACGACUACGCCCAACAACAACGUUUCGGCAAAACAACAACCUACUCAUACCGGUGAGUCUGCGGAACGACGGGAUCAAACUAACAGCGCAAUGAGAAACUUUUCGCCGUCACGAAUUCCUCUCGCAACGUCUAAAAUAUCAUUUGUAUCACGAAACAAACCCAAUGAUGCACCGGGAAAAGCCCGUGCAGGAGACCCAUCAAAUCACGACAAUGAAUCACAUUUGGAAGAUAAUAAUUCUACCGAAAUCAAGGUUAAUGUAGCGGCACUCAUUGCUACACACCAGGAAAAGCAGCAUCAAAGUAUUGGUUCCACAACUGCAGCACAACCUUUAAAAGGUGCCUCUACUUACCAACGAGAACAUGCCGAUAACAACAGUAUUGUUUCGGCACAAAAAGAUGAAGCAACUUCCGAACCGAUAGUUAGCGUCAGUGACAAGUGCCAACAGUUCGAACAGCGUAUUAGAAAAAACUCUAUUGAUAGUAGUGUUAAUACGAUUACCCAGCGAAAACCCUACAACAGUUCUGCGUCAUUGGACGAAUCGCAGCCAAAACCCGAGAGCGGAACAACGUUAACAAUUGGCCCUAAAUUUAAGGCAAAAACAUCUAGCCUAGGCGUGUGGUCCCCCUUCAAUCGAUCUACAGAAGUCCUAACCAAGGAAGAACUUGCCGAACGAUCGUCAUCCAAGAACAAGUCUAACACAUCACAACAAUCUCCCGUUUGGACACCACGCAGCGCGCCCCCAUCACCCGCAACGGAACGUCGCGAAUUCCGUCCAAUCGGGUUUGAAUCGCCGAAACCAACACGGAGAACUUUAACCCCAAGUCCGGCUGAUCCUUCGACCGUGGUAGCGCCCCCCUGGAACCAGCCCGGCUACAAUCCCCCACUGCCCAUUUCAGACAACUUCAAACCUUACCCAAUUCAAAACUCCGCCUCAAACCCAACACUUGGGGCACCUGUUCGCUCGGCAAGCGCAUCCACAACCUCACAAGGUCAGGCUACUCAAGUACGAUUUCCACCCCAGCAAAAAUCUACCAUCUCACAUGACCCAACGAUAAAUACACUUCUUAAAUCGAAAGAUGGAAAAACAGCGACUAUAAAAGCAUCUGAAACAUCAGAGAGCCAGCAGAAAGGCUCAACUACUAGUAUUAUUCGCACCUCAUCGUCUUUAAUGACGAACUCCUCUCGACAGAGUAGCGCGGGCAUCAUAAAUCCUACAGCUAAUCAAAAGCCUUUAGUAGGACAAAGAUCGGAACAAGCUAGCACAUCUUUGCAAGAUAACAAUUAUUCCCAGGAUCGCAAGAUGCAACAGACAGCUCACAAGGUUGAUGGCAUCGGCCCUAUUACCAGGGAAGGAAUGCCACUCACGUUACGAUCAGAAAUUGAUGAAGGCAAUCGAGACAAAUGGUAUAAACAAAUGUACCAAACGCUGCACAAAACCCAGGAUGAUGCCGAUUAUGUUACCGUUCGAUACAAAACUCGCAGAGGAUAUCCUUACAAAUCUAGCGGCUAUCAGUCGGAGCCGGAACCAAACUACGAUUCGGACUACACCGUCAAGUAUAGCACACUCGAUCGUAGACGAACACCGAUCGGGCUAAGUUCGACUAGCUACAGCAAGUUCAACACACUGCAGAACAAACCCACAACACCUCAACAGUACCACCAACAGUCGAUAAAGUCGGUACAUUCUUCCUAUAAAAAUCAGCCAGGAAAAAUUGAAGAUUACAUUCCGGGCCGCUCGUCAAUCUCGGAAAAAGAAUCUAAAGAGUGGUGGGAUGAAGUAAUGGACAUUUUUAACGGGCAAUUAGAGCAUCAGAAACUGACGACUAGCAAGACAUACACUGAAGGGAACUUAUCAAGAGCACUGAAAGAGCAAGGGUACGAGAGUGAUUCUACGCUGGUCUUUCGUAAACGAGAUCCUCCCGCCAGUGCUGCAUUGAGUCCAGUAGAGCAAAAGCAAUACUAUAAAAACAUGCAAGCUGGGGGCGAAGUCCCACUACAAGGGUUUCGGAAACCUGCUCCAGAAAGGCCAAAAGAUCACAGUGAAGAACAGAUCGAGUCGGAUUUGAUGGUGGAAAUCAAGGAAAGUAUGACUGGCAGCCAAUCCAACGGCGCAAAUGCCGGAAAACUGGCCAUGUCCGCUGACGGCAGUACCAAUCCAUUCCGCCAUCGGGAGACCAUUGCCUGUUAUCCUAUUACAAACAUUCACCGACCGCUGGACAUGUUUGGACCUUUUCCGAAAGAGUACCGCACGUUCGUACCACCCGCACCGCCGAGCCGAAAGUCUUCGCGCAGCAACUCAACGUUAAAAAUCAUGUCGCAGGUCAAAACAAACACAUUCAAUAGACGUACGAUGCUCGAACGAACCACCACCACAACGUCGUCAUCGUCUGGAAUGAAACAACCAUCAAAAUUCCGAUCAAAAUCGGCGGGACCCUUAUUCUACGGGGGUGCUACUUCGAGCUCUUCGAUUGUAACAUCCGCGUCGCUGAUGAAAGAGGAAAAAAAUCAAGAAAACAGUACACGAGUAGCUUCCAAACGCUAUACCGCUGGCUCGUAUCGAACAAGCUCGAGCAGCCCCACCGGACAGCAGCGAAAGGCGAGUCAAAGUCCGGUGGCAUUCGGUAGAGGCAUCUCGAAGGAGCGUACGUUCGCGGAAGAAAAGAAACGCAUCGAGGAAAAACUACCCAAAAUUGUUUCAGUUUCAACAAGCAUUUUGCGCAAUCCAGAACUAAAAUCUCCGAAUGAAGUCAAGAAAGCCUUGCGCAGUUCGUAUCUUCCGAUAGUGGGCAGAGUAGAAACCCCUGAAAGGUCAUCACUGAAACGCUACUCAUCGUAUGGAACGUAUCGCAGCGCAUCAAGCAUUUAUUCUUCGAACAAAAGUAUUAAUCGAGUUUCAUCUCCUGCUUCGACGUAUAAGAGGGAAGAGAAGAAUGGCUCACAUCAUCACCAGCUAAAGAAAUCCUUCAAUCGGAAAUCCUCCACAGUGCGCACCACGACGCCAAGCAUCACAAUUAAAACAAGCUUCCAAAAAGCAUCGAAAGCUUUCGGACUCAAAGCCAAAACAUCCUCAAAUCAAAGUCUCGCCCGUACUUGCUCGACUUAUUCAAUCGAUUCUACCAAUUCCAAGACCCGACGAUCCCGUAUUUCAGACGGUCCAUCAAGCACCAUACCACCGACCAGAAACCAUCCGAGAUCUGCUCAAAAAAUAUUUCUGGGCAACAGUCUAGACCGUGGACUUAAGACUGUAAAGACCAAAUCACUCACACCAGUGUUACAGGAAACACACCUUCAGUCUAUGGUACAACGUAACGAAAGUAUGCGCAGUGAUGAUUUUUUCCAGAAACUUUUCCUUCGAGGACAUCCGCCCCAAGGUGAAACAGAUGGCGAUGGAAAACCGACAAGUGUACUAGAAAAAGCCCGCAUGUGGAAUAGUCUUACGUGCCGUUCGGAGCCUUCACUCAAACAAUCUAAUUACUAUCUCUCUCAAGUGAAACCCGUAUCAUCCUCCAAAUUUAAAACCAACGACCGGUCCGAUAUUUCAGAGCUAUCCACUGCAUAUCAAAUCGUACGCCAGAUUGGUGGAGACGUAGUCGAACAAGUAAACCGGUUCGAAUCGAUGAUAAAACUCACGGAUAAUCAGCAAGACGACCAACAUCAAUUUGGGUACGUUCGUGGGCGACGUAUGGAAAUAGAUUACAGCUUCCACGAGCGCAGCCGCAGUGAGCCACCGGCAGAGAAAACGACCACCACUACCACUAGUACGAUUAUACAGGAAGAGCUGAUCGGUACAGACACGCCAAGAACAAUCGUGGGUCGACGGUGCCAAAUUGCUCAACGCACAUCCCGGUCGCCCUCCUGUCGACGCAUUCAGUAUCUCAAAGGGAAAGAAGGACAGGUAAAGAAAAUCAUACGAGCACGCAGCCUGAGUGGUACCAACGGGCAGCGAGGUCGUUUGGACAAACCCAAGGAUGAGCUGGUCCGCAGCCACUCACUAAAUCUCAGCCAAGAUUCCAGUGUUUCGCGUAGCCGCUUUCGUGAGCUGAACACUUUCUACAAUAGCCUCGAGCGACUCGGACAGCUAGAACGCGAAACGUCAUCUUCGUCCAACGACUUACGGCCUUCUCGGCGCAUGCGAGAAGAAGAAAUCAUCGACUACGAUCUCUGGAAGCGUGUACGCGUCCAAGAGAAAGCAGAACGUGAGUUGAGUCAGCUGAAGAGCAAGCUCAAACAAGAUCAGCGCGAGAAGGAUCUGUUUUUCUUGCCUCGCGAUCCAGAAGAUGUACGCUGGCGAAGCGACCUGGAUACGGGACUGCGCAAUCGAGAAAAAUCGGUAGAGGAUUUAAAAUGUAUUCUGAAUGAACAGGCGCUUAACUUUGAGGAUGCAAAACUACGCGAUCUCGAAACUCGCAAAGACCAUUACAAACCGCUGUGGCGGGGAUCAUCAGUCAUUGAUGUCGCCUCCCAUUUGGAGGAAAAAUAUUCUACUCAAGGCGAAAAAAGAGAUGAACCCCAGUCGCUGGAUAUUAUCAGCAGUAACCUGCUCAGCACACUAUCGUCGGAGCAAAUGAAAAAACUAAAGAACCAACUGAGUGAAAUUUAUAGCAACAGUACCCCAAAGGACCCGGCCACGCCAUCGCGCGUUUCCUCCGAAAUGUACCAUCAUCAAGAGGAAUACAUUAUCAACGUGCCCGAAAGAGCUAGCCGACUGGAAUCGUUGCUUAAAGUACGCAGCCACUCGGUGCUCACACAGGAUAAAGUAAAUCAAUGCCAGCUUCGAGCGCAAUCGCUUAAACUCGAGCAUAAAACCGGCGAAAAACUAGCCAGCAAAUCAUCCCCCCAGAGUAAUCAACAAACCUUUCAAAGCAACUCCUUGCCUUCAAAAACAUUUGAUCGAGUUGCUCUUUCACGAUCGCUCUGCCAGGAGCUAAAGGAUAAAAUUUUGGAAAAGCAUCAUACACUACCAUCGAUCGGUAAAAAGAAAAAAAAUGCUCGACCAACAAUUCUUGCGUCGGAGGCAUCGAUAUUCUCAUCGUUAGAGAACACCAAGAAAAGGGACGAUGCAAACACAACUUCAUCAACACAACCACAACAACAACCGUUAAUCCGACAACAAACAAGUGAGGGUGCCAACAAACAUAUUGAGGAUAGGGCACGUAAAGAAAGGCUACAGUCGCACUGCGACACCGAAAGUAUCUCCUCAGAAACCUCCAACAAAACGGUCAUUUUUCGCAGUCAGACAUUGUGCCAGGCUGCAGCAGACGAUGUACCUGUAGAGGAUAUCAAAACUAAGAUCAAGUAUUUUGAAAACAAGCAAGGAGAGGACACUCCCACUGUGACCAUUUACCAUGCCCGAGAGGAUUCGUCUCUCUCCGAGGAUGAGUCCGGGACUAAACAACAAGCAGCAAGCAAGAAAAGCGCAGCUAAAGGAACGUCCGGUUCAAUGAUAACGCUAUCCCAAUCAUUCACUGAUCUGAAAGAUCUUUUCGGCGAAAAACGAUCGGUGUCCUGUUCCGCCUACACUGCCAAUAGUUCCAGCCAGGAAUCGAAGCGUACUUCAGUGCGAAAAAUGUCACCGAAACGCUUCACUUUUCGAUCCCGAAGUUCCACCCCGGACUACGCUACCUGCAUACAGACGGGUGAGGUGAAAAAGAUUAAAGAUAAGUUUGAAAGUUUGGACGUGAACAUAUGGCGCCAAUCGGAAGACAUCGCAGCAAGUUCAGAACGACAUUAUCAGAGCGAUUCAGAGCUAAGUCGCCAACCGUUCGGUGAGUACGAGAAACGUGACACUGAAAACUCCAGCAAGAAAGACCAAAGCAAGCAAACGACACCAUCUACGAUCGUGCGCCAUCACGAAUCAGGGGACGUUUCCCGUAUCACACAUAAAUACGAGGCACAGUCGGAACGUGCCCGGUGCCGCAAAUCACGAAAAGAUCGCGUAAUAUCACCCAUACCAAAAAACCCCUUUCGGAAGGAUGAUCGGUUCAUGCCGCAUAUAAACGUCAUCAGUAAGACAGCGUCGCUUAAGCAAGAAAUUAAGCCUACGCGUGCUCUCCACCAUCAUCAGCAUCAUCCGUCAGCCAAAACGACGUCCGCAGUACUCCAGGCGCCUCAUGAAACGUGCGCAUCGUCUCGAACUACUCCAACUCCAACUGGCAGCGCACGUCGCAGCGCGUCCUCGGGUAGUGAGGAGUUUGAAAAGCUCAAAAAGUCUCCGCGCCGCUACAUCGAAAGUGAUGUCAACAUCCAUUACAAAACGCCGAUCCGGUUCGAGUAUAAGGAACCGAUCCCGGACGAUGAACUUGCCUAUCGGCAGGCGGAGCAUAUGCGACGGGUUUAUCAGGAAGAACGCCGCCGGAAGUACAUACAUGAAUUGGAAGACAUGAAUGCCCGGCGGCACAUGGACAACAUUUUGCCGUCGCAAAAAUCGCCCAUCCCGCUGAACCGGUAUGACGAUUUUCCCGCUGAUCUGUCUCCGAAACCGCUGAUCGUUCAGCAGCCCAAAACCAUUGCCCGAGCGUUGUACAACUUUCAGGGACAGAGCGUAAGGGAACUGUCUUUCCGCAAGGGCGAUAUAAUUUAUUUGAGAAGGCAAAUCGAUAAGAAUUGGUACGAAGGAGAGCAUAAUGCCACGGUCGGCCUAUUGCCAGCUAAUUAUAUAGAGAUUCUUACUAGAGACAUCGUGAAUGUAAAGCAACCGCUACCCAAGAAACCCACUCGGGAAGGUAAGGCAAGGGCUAAGUUCAAUUUCACCGCACAAACUGCCGUCGAGCUGUCGCUUCUGAAGGGUGAGCUGGUGACGCUCACGAGAAGAGUGGAUGACAACUGGUUCGAAGGCAAAAUAGGAAGCAAAAAGGGAAUCUUUCCAGUAUCGUAUGUAGAGAUACUGACCGACAUCGAUGGUGAGGAGAGCUACGACAUCGAACCAAUUGUCAGCCGCCCUCAGUCCGCUCUGGGAGUCACUAGCCAAACGUCACAGGCACUGACAACGCACUUCGACAACUCGCACACCAACGGCCGCAUCUCGCCCGGUAUCGUACGAGAAACGAAAACGAUUCAGAAAACGGAAGUUUUGCACGUAGACACAUCUAAUGAACCUAUAUCCUAUCGCGCUUUGUAUAACUACAAACCACAAAACACCGAUGAACUAGAGCUGCUGGAAGGGGAUGUAGUCUACGUUUUGGAGAAAUGUGACGAUGGUUGGUAUGUCGGCACGUCCGCACGCACAGGAUGCUUCGGCACGUUUCCCGGAAACUACGUCAACAAAAUGUGAGACAGCGGAUGAUGAUGUGUCUUUGAAAAUCUUCAACUCAACAUCACCAAACCCCGCCCGAACACCCAUGGUUCUGGAUGCACGCGGAACGAAACGAAACGACCGUGCCAAUGCACACAAAAGGGCAGCUAAAGGCUAGCACGAUAGCAAUGUUUUAGUGGCUGCCUACACCGCGAGAUAAGAACUAACUCUCACCCUUGCCAACAAUUCACCUACAUUUGUGAUGCGACAAAGAGCAAUACCAAAAAAUCACAACCAUACAAAAAAAGCUAAUUCUAUCGAAGUAGUGGCUUGCUAGUCAUAGUGAUAUCUACCAUUUACAACCAAACGUGGAAAGAGUUGAUUAUGCGUACAAAUUAAUUACUAUUGUAAAGCAUAACAUAGAAACAGAGAAGAACAUUAGCCGUUGUUGUUUGUAGCUUUUUGGUCCACAUGCAAACAAACAGAAGAAGAAGAAGAAAAAACACAUUUGCCUUUUUUCAAACAACAGCAACAAAACAAAUUAUUGGACUAGUGUCGUAGCAAACAAUCGUAGCAAAUCGUAAGCAAAACAGAGGUGCCUUCAUACCACAAGCAAUUGCGAUCCCAUUAAAACUCAGAUUUGAUUCACAGGGACUGACAAACUGAAAUUGCCUUACAAAUUCAAUUUUCUUCGACAAAGAUUUCGAUAAAACUAACGGAAGCGUUACACCAUCCGCAAAAAAAAACAAACGAUAUUGCUUGCCUUCGGUUCAACUGAUUAAAUCUAGUGAAGCCAAACAAAACAAUGCGCACCAGGGUUAGCAUCACCACAAAGUUUAAGCAAAUCUCGUCUGGAUAUCUCAUACCUUAACCGUUUGUAAUGCACAGUAGGAACAUUUUAAUUUCGUGUGAACACUGACUCACCUUCAUUUAUGCACGCAUCCUAAUAACAUAAUGCAGUGCAUUAACACACUCAAAUUUGUGUUUGUUGUUUCUUACAUAAGAAUAACUCACUUUCGAUGUUUAUCGUAACCGAGUCGACACCUCAUUAAACGUAACAUGUUUCAAUAAACGAUCACAUUGUGUACAAUCAAAAACUGGUAAACAAAAAACACACACACUAACUUUAAUCGUUAUCAGCUAGUGAGAUGUAUUAAACUUUAUGCCCAGCAUACCACCAUUAGCAACAUAACAACUAGCUACAACUUGUAACGGUCAUCUAAAGAGAAACCCUCCCCCAAAUCAGAUACUUAACCAAUUGUUCAGCAAGAUAUGCACGUUUUAGUCGAAGAGAAUCCUAUUGCUAGGUUUUAAUGACACGUGGUAUAACUUUUCCUUUGAGUGGUUUAAUAAUAAUACAAUAAACAUCCAGACAACUACUGGCCGAA